ACUAAAGCAUAUACAUUUGAGGUGAGAGAGAGCCCAUUAUCACAAACAUCAAUUGGACAAACGGGCCCAAUUCCUAACUCUUCUAACAUAACAGGAUUUUUCAGUUACAAUUUCUGGGCCCAAAACCCGUCCAAAACCUAGGGUUUCUGGCGCUCUAUAUAAAAGAAGAGGCGCCCAUUUCUCAAUGGAAUUUGCAGCAGUACAGAGCUAGGAGGAGCUCCCCGUCGUCCGCCCUGCUCAUCACCGACGCUGUAAACCAUGAAGCACAACAAUGUUAUUCCCAACGGGCACUUCAAGAAACAUUGGCAAAACUAUGUGAAGACUUGGUUUAAUCAGCCUGCCCGCAAGGCCAGAAGAAGAAAUGCGAGGCAGCAGAAGGCGAUCAAGAUUUUUCCCAGGCCCACAGCUGGGCCACUUCGUCCAGUCGUACGUGGCCAGACACUAAAAUACAACAUGAAGGUCAGAGCUGGUAGGGGAUUUUCUCUAGAGGAGUUGAAGGCUGCAGGCAUCGCAAAGAAACUUGCACCAACUAUCGGUAUUGCUGUUGAUCAUAGGCGUCGCAACAGUUCCUUGGAAGGGUUUCAGACCAAUGUUCAGAGGCUGAAGACAUUCAAGGCCAAGCUUGUUGUCUUCCCAAGACGUGCUCGUAAGGUUAAGGCUGGUGAUUCUUCACCCGAGGAGUUGGCAACAGCCACGCAAGUUACGGGUCCUUUCUUGCCUAUUGUACGUGAGAAGCCAAACGUUGAGCUUGUGAAGAUCACACAAGACAUGAAGUCAUUCAAGGCAUACGACAAGCUGCGUCUGGAGCGAACGAAUGCACGCCACGUCGGUGUUAGAGCCAAGAGGGCAGCCGAAGCUGAGAAGGAAGACAAGAAGUAGGUACAAGUGAAGUGAUUGUGAGCUUGUGAUUCAGCAAACUGUUUAAUCUGUUUUGCUUUGGGGCUGGACCGAUUAUCUUGAUUUUGGUUGAAAUUUUCAUAGUAUUUUCAGCUCUUUGUAUUGAAUUAUCUGAGACAGCAAAUCUUUUUAUCGUUUUGUCAUGGAUGAACUUACUAUAUUUCAAUAUUUUCUACGAAUGGAUUUCAUCGUAUAGACGAUAGAUUGAUAAA